AUAUCCAAUAAACAUACCUUUUUGUUCAUCUCUCUCUCUGCAUAUCAGUUUACCUGUCUGGGUAGUUUUUUUAAUCUGCAAAAAGAGCUCUCCAUCUUCUUGUUUUCUCCUUCAGCAUUUUCCCAUUUCCCCAAAGCAACCAGAGGUUAGACAGAGAGUUUGAGAAAUUAAGAGGUGCUCUGAGUCAGUUGAAAAUUAAAUACCCAGAAAAAAGAGAGAGUUGGUUAUAGAAAAACGAAAGGAAGAGACAAAGGGUGUGAAUAGUUUAGUGAUGCCGCCAAAAAAUUCUCGAAUGGCUGAUGCCUGUAGGGCAAUGAAGCCUUUUGGCAUUUCCGAAGGUCAGACAAAGGCAGCGGUCAAAGAGCUUCUGAAAGUCUAUGCAAACAGCUGGGAGUUUAUUAUUGAUGAAAAUUACAGACUUUUGCUGGACUUUGUUCUGGAGCAGAAGCCAGAGGAGGAAAAGGUUUGUUUUUACCUUCUUUUUUACUUUCUUCAUGCUUUAAUAAGAUUUUGCUUUUUAAUUUUUUGAACGAUUGGAUUAAUAAUCCAACGGUGGUGACUGCAAUCUCUUAGACUUCUAUAGUCCAAAAAAUCGGGACUGUUUGUUUAUUCAAUGCUUUUCAAUAUUUUGUUUUUAUUUAUUUUUCAUCUAUUAUAUAUGUCAUAGAAGAGAAAUAUUGGAAUAUCUAUUUAAAUAGUUUUUUUUUAUUUUGUGAUACUUACUGGGCAUCCUUAUUUUCCCUUUAAAAUGGAAAAGGAGCUUUGAUGUAUGAAUCAAAGGGAGUUAGAUCGAAGAAAAAAGAAGCUCCAUCUUAUGAUAAAACUGAAGUUGUUGAACUUCCAACCAAGAGAUAUUGCACAAGGCAACAGAAAAAACAGGCAUUGUCUCCUUUGGAACACUCCACAUCUUGCCUUGAAAAGUCUCCAUUAAAAAGGGCACGUCAGAGUAAUGAGGAUAAUCUGUUUUCUGAUUCGGAAGAAUCUGAAGACUCUCAACCACUAAUAAGAAGAAGUCGCCGAAGACACCAGGAAAGAGAGGUUUUGGACUCUGGGAAUAACUUCGAUCCUCUGUGUAAUCGCAACACGCAACUGGAAGAAAGUCUCAAUCUGAUAGGUGAAGAUAGUUCUUCAGAUUUUGAUGAAGACGGCUUGAAGUUGUUGGAAGUGGAAUCGGUGAAUACGGACAACAAAGAUAAUGUUUUUGAUUUGCUACAUUUUGUAGCUGCAUCAUCUACUCCAAAGAGUGACCUGGAAAUGUCUAUGAUUUGCCACUCUUCUCCACAGUCUGAUUUCUGUCCUCCACAUUCUGAUGAAGCUCUAGAAAUGGUGGAAGAGACACACGUAAAAUCAUGUAGGGUUGAAGAAUGCUUUGUGGAAACAGGAACUGAUUCCAUCUUUGAUGAAAGUACUGCACAAGAUGUUCUUGCCAGUAAAUAUGAUCAUCCAAGUUUUCAAAAUGAAUUAAUUUUAUGUAAAAAUCUUAUCAAGGUUAUACCCCAUAUACCCAAACAUAUAGCUUUUGGUUGUUAUGAUGGUCUUCAAUGCUUAAUUGGUUUUGCAAGGAAGGAUAUUGAGAACAUCUUUGGUGAAACCGCAAAGAGAUUAAAGGUGAUCCAAGGCCGUAGAUCUUCAAAAUUAUGCAAGGUGGAGGCUGCUCAUAGCUACCAUUCUUCACUUGGAGUCAUUAAAUCCUUUUUUUAUAUUGAUGACAUAACUAGAGGUGAAGAAAGAGUGAAAGUUUCCUUGGAGAAUGGAAGAAAUGCUGAAGAUCUGCCAAUCUUUUUUUACAUCCCCAAUAAUUUAGUUUAUAAGAACGCCUGUGUGAAAUUUUCUCUUGCUCGUAUAUCUCAUGAGGGUUGCUGUUCACAUUGUUUUGGGGAUUGUUUGACAUCACCAGUACCUUGCCUCUGUGCGGCUGAAACUGGGGGUCAGUUUGCAUACACUCCAGGAGGAUUCGUCACGGAGAAGUUUCUGGAAGAAUGUAUAUCCUUGAAGCGGGAACCUAAACAAGACCACUACUUGUAUUGUAGAAACUGCCCACUUCAAAGGUCUAAGAAUAAGAAGAGUUCCAUGCCGUGCAAAGGCCAUUUGUUACAGAAAUUUAUAAAGGAAUGCUGGUCUAAAUGCUGGUGUAACAAGAAAUGUGGAAACCGGAUUGUUCAGCAAAGCAUCACUGUGAAGUUGCAGGUGUUUUUGACACCCGAAGGGAAAGGGUGGGGUCUUCGAACGCUGGAGGACUUGCCAGCAGGGGCUUUUGUUUGUGAGUAUGUUGGAGAGAUAUUAACCAACACAGAACUACAUGAGCGAAAUGUGGGAAGUCCUGGUAACAAGAAUACAUGCUACCAAGUUCUACUAGAUGCAGGCUGGGGUUCGAAGGGUGUCUUGAAAGAUGAAGAGGUACUUUGCUUGGACGCUAACGUUUAUGGAAAUGUUGCGAGAUUUAUCAAUCACAGAUGUUCUGAUGCUACCUUGGUAGAGAUCCCUGUGGAAGUGGAAACCCCAGAUCAUCACUACUAUCAUAUUGCCCUUUUCACAACAAGGAAGGUUGAUGCCAUGGAGGAGCUGACUUGGGACUAUGGCAUCGACUUUAAUGACCGUGAUCAUGAUAGUGGCCGCCCCAUGAAGCCCUUCCAUUGUCUCUGUGGAAGCCCAUUCUGUCGCGAUCGUAGUGAUAUGAAGUGUGAUGUGCGCCUACUCACUUACGUCCGACGGCGGCGUAGAGUGUAGCUUCAAGCAUGAUGCUCUUCAUGUUUCUAACAUAGGUGGAAUGCUUUUUUUUUUUUAAUUACUAAUUUUGAAAUCAGUUCUGCUGUGCUGUCUAAUUGGUAAAAUGGCUCAAGCAGAAUCUCCAAUUUUUUCAAACAUAAAUUUUUCAUUCCUAAUCUCAGUGGAUUUGGUCAAAAAUGGCAAAAUUCAGGUCUGACAGGGUUUAUCUCUAGUUUAUUUAUAUUAAUUAUUCUUCCAAAACCUAUCAGGUACCCUUUUUGUAUAUAUUUGUUACACGCCUCAUGCAUAAAAUUCUGUUCUUUGCUCAAGCAUAAAUUAAUCCUGUAUAUAGCUCUUGGCACGGUCAAAGGUGACCAAAGGAGUACACAAUCCAGUUCCACAGUCCAAUUAAGGAAGCCAAUGGAAGCACAAAGAAAACACAAAAUACAAGCCCAUCUAACACAAAAGAGGCUAACCAAGACCCAAAAAAAAAAAAAAAAAAAA